AUGUUGAUCAAGGGCGAAAAGUAUGCCUGCGAGGCAUGUGUGCGAGGUCAUCGUGUCAGCAAUUGCCAGCACGCCGACCGACCAUUACAGCACAUCAACAAAAAGGGUCGACCUGUCUCGCAAUGUACCCAUUGCAGAACUCUGCGUAAAUCACGUUCGGCCCACGUUCGAUGCGAUUGUGGCGGUGACAAGUCGCACACGAAGUCGUCCUGUUCAACCGAGGUCGAGUCCCAAGCAGACAGUUGCUGCUGUAGCCACGGAGCUCGCUGUUCCUGUGCUCUCAAGAAGGAACACCUGGAUCCUGUCCCAGAAUCUGAUUCGGACGAACCAACUGUACCCGCCGUGCCCAACGACAGGCGAAGACCACGAGCCUCAACUGCCCAGUCUGAGAAUAGUCUUACAACAUUCGUCAAUGGUCAUCAUAAACCCGUACACAAGCAUAACACGAUGGCUCACAAAUGUGGCUUACCAUACGUCGUACCGAGGUCACACACAAUCCAUGGGUUGUCCAGUACUGGACUCGCAAAUCGAUCCGUCGACAAUCUACCCCACACCAAUGCCGUAGAAAAUUUGCACAGCGACUCGCACAUCAAAGACUCUAUAGUAAGCGCACAACAAGAGCAGCGCAUGGUAAAGUCGGAGCAUGGAAGUCCAAUAAUAAGUCCAGUGUCAAGCUUGAACCAAUGGAACAGCAAUCUUCCCCCUUUGGAUCUCAGCAACUUAUCUGGAGAUUAUGUAUCUUGCUUGGAUGGAUUCUCCAGCGUCCCAGACGAUCAACCACUAUUUUCUGCAGGGCUCAGUGCUGCUUCGAUUGACUGGUCUCACUACGAUGGUCUCGAUUUCAAUAACGAUACUUUUGCAACUUCUUCUUACAGUCAAGCCCCCUCCUUUACAGGAUUUGAUUUCAGCAGUAUCGAGCAACCUGCCCUGACAACAACAUCAACUUCGGGUGAGAUUUCAGAGGUCGAAGAUUUUGGAUCUUUGGGCGACGUCUCAAAUGCAAACACCAGACCUUCGCUAUUGACCACGACCAAGUAUGGAUCGGACUUCGAUACUUCCGACAUAGGCGGAGAGCUUGAUGGAUAUCGACUUAGUACCGCGUCAUCUUACGUUGGAAUUCCCCAGGCUCAAAUGCUUGCAGGCAAUAACGUUGACGCCCUUGAUAUGGAAACCUUCUUAAAGGGCGGAGUUUCUUCCGGCAAUGGCUACUCAAAUGUAUGCGACGGCUUGCCGGCCACAUCAUACCCAAGCGACGGAAAAUUGGCGCAGUUGUCCCCUUAUGAAGACAGCACCAACUUCCCGCUUCUUUCAGCUGAUGAUGAUGCGUUCUGGAUGAACAAUUUCACGCCAAAUAACUACACCACAAAUGAUGCUUGCGGAAAUUUAUCAGAGGAAAACAUUUGGACUCAAUAA